UGUGGGCAAAGUACUGGAACCGGUCGCGCUGUGGCGGCGUCGGCGAGCCGGCCGGGACCUGAGACCCCGGCGCCAGGCGGCCAGCUCGAGCGCCUGUGCCUUCGUCCGUCCGCGAGCGGCGCCCGCGCCCCCGCCGCCUGCUCUGGAGCGGGGACUGUGUGCUGUGCGCCCCGGAGCGGAGGAGCCGGCGUCGCCGGGACCCGGGCAGUGUCCCCGGCGGCGGGGCGCGCAGGAAUUUCCUUUGGGUAGUCCAAAAUGCUUUUAAGUAUGUUGGAUAAGAGCUGAACUACCAGCCUGUGUGGGACUCCAUAUUCUCCGUUCCACUGUCUUCGAAUGGCAUUCUGACUGCAUCAAGGCCAAGGGACCAGUUGUUCAGGAUGAGUGAUGAGAAGAACCUCGGCGUGUCCCAAAAAUUGGUGUCACCUUCAAGGAGCACAAGUAGCUGUUCCUCCAAGCAGGGAAGCCGACAGGACAGCUGGGAAGUGGUGGAAGGACUAAGGGGAGACAUGAAUUACACCCAGGAGCCUCCAGUUCAGAAAGGAUUUUUGCUGAAGAAGCGGAAAUGGCCCUUGAAAGGCUGGCACAAGAGAUUCUUCUACUUGGACAAGGGAAUCUUGAAAUAUGCCAAGAGCCAAACUGACAUCGAGAGAGAGAAGCUACACGGCUGCAUUGAUGUGGGGCUGUCAGUGAUGUCCGUAAAGAAGUCGUGCAAGUGCAUCGACCUUGACACUGAGGAGCACAUCUACCAUCUGAAGGUGAAGUCAGAAGAAGUCUUUGAUGAGUGGGUAGCCAAACUCCGUCACCACAGAAUGUAUCGUCAGAAUGAAAUCGCCAUGUUUCCACGGGAAGUAAAUCACUUUUAUCCAGGGUCUACCAUCACAGAUUCCGCACCUGGGGCAUUUGACUCCAUUUCCAGUAGGAAGUGUAGCAGUAUAUCAAAGCAGAAUUCAUUUCAAACUGGAAGCAAUUUAUCAUUUUCUUGUGGUGGUGAGGCGCGAGUUCCAUUAUGGCUACAGUCUUCGGAGGACAUGGAGAAAUGCUCAAAAGACCUGGCGCACUGCCAUGCCUACCUGGUGGAGAUGAGCCAGCUCCUUCAAAACAUGGACGUCCUACACCGCACCUACUCAGCACCAGCCAUCAAUGCCAUACAGGGUGGAGCUUUUGAAAGUCCCAAAAAGGAAAAAAGAUCGCACAAGAGGUGGCGGUCCAGAGCUAUUGGCAAAGAUACUAAAGGAACGCUCCAGGUCCCUAAACCUUUCUCUGGCCCUUUGAGACUACAUUCCUCCAAUCCUAAUUUGUCAACACUAGAUUUUGGAGAAGAGAAAAACUAUUCAGAUGGCUCCGAAACCUCAUCAGAAUUUUCUAAAAUGCAAGAAGACCUGUGUCACAUUGCCCAUAAAGUUUACUUCGCUUUAAGGUCGGCUUUUAACACCAUAUUGGUGGAGAGAGAGAGACUGAAGCAGCUGAUGGAGCAAGAUGCCUCCUCCGCCCCUUCUGCUCAGUCCCUUGGUCUGAAGCACGCUCUGUCGUCCGCCAUAGCACAAAACACAGAUCUUAAAGAACGCUUACGCAGAAUCCAUGCCGAAUCUCUGCUGCUCGACCCGCCUGCUGUUGCCAAGUUGGGUGACAAUCUGGCAGAGGAAAACUCCAGAGAUGAAAACCGAGAGCUGGUCCAUCAGCUUUCCAACGAAAGCAGGCUCUCCAUCACUGACUCCCUUUCAGAGUUUUUUGAUGCACAAGAAGUUCUGUUGUCCCCAAGCUCUUCAGAAAAUGAGAUUUCUGAUGACGACUCAUAUGUCAGUGACAUAAGUGAUAACCUUUCCUUAGACAACCUUAGUAAUGAUUUAGAUAAUGAAAGACAGACCUUGGGACCUGUUCUCGAGCAUGGUGGGAGAGUGAGGUCCGAGAGAAGGACAUGCCUACCAGCGCCAGGUCCUAACACCAGCAACAUCAGCCUGUGGAACAUCUUGCGCAACAACAUUGGGAAGGACCUGUCCAAGGUGGCCAUGCCCGUGGAGCUGAAUGAGCCCCUGAACACCCUGCAGAGGCUCUGUGAGGAGCUGGAGUACAGCGAGCUGCUGGACAAGGCUGCGCAGAUCCCUAGCCCCCUGGAAAGGAUGGUGUACAUGGCAGCCUUUGCCAUAUCCGCAUAUGCGUCCAGCUACUAUAGAGCUGGGAGCAAGCCAUUUAAUCCGGUGCUCGGAGAAACGUACGAGUGUGUUCGAGAGGACAAGGGCUUCCACUUUUUUUCAGAACAGGUCAGCCACCAUCCACCUAUUUCUGCAUGUCAUGCUGAGUCUGGAAAUUUUGUUUUCUGGCAAGAUGUGAGAUGGAAAAACAAAUUCUGGGGCAAAUCCAUGGAAAUUGUUCCCAUUGGCACAACCCAUGUGACUCUCCCAGCCUUUGGAGAUCAUUUUGAGUGGAACAAGGUGACCUCUUGCAUCCACAACAUCUUAAGUGGGCAGAGGUGGAUUGAGCACUAUGGAGAGAUUGUCAUCAACAACCUCAACGAUGAUUCCUGCCACUGCAAAGUGAACUUCAUAAAGGCAAAAUACUGGAGCACUAACGCCCACGAGAUCGAAGGCACAGUAUUCGACCGGAGUGGGCAAGCUGUGUUCCGUCUAUUUGGAAAGUGGCAUGAGAGCAUCUACUGCAGUGGCGGAGCCUCCUCGUCCACGUGCGUGUGGAGAGCAAAUCCCAUGCCAAAAGGCUACGAGCAAUAUUAUGGCUUCACACAGUUUGCAUUAGAGUUAAAUGAAAUGGAUGCUUUGUCAAAGUCUUUAUUGCCACCUACUGACACUCGAUUUAGACCAGACCAAAGGUUUCUAGAAGAAGGGAACGUAGAAGAAGCUGAAGUGCAAAAGCAGAGGAUCGAGCAGCAGCAGAGAGAGAGGCGGCGGGUCCUCGAAGAACAUAACAUGGAGCAUCAGCCGCGGUUUUUCAGGAAAUCCAGCGAUGAUUCUUGGGUGAGCAAUGGCACCUACUUGGAACUUAGAAAAGAUUUUGGUUUUUCCAAAUUGGAACAUCCUGUCUUGUGGUGAAAAGCAAAGAAGAAAAAAAGAACAUUAAUGUACCCCGUGUUUGCUUCUGGAAGCAGCGCACCCUUGUCUAUAUGUGUAAAAGGUACUAUCCAGAAUAAUCACUUGCGCUUAGCCUAACAUUGUAAGUAUUGAAGUCUAUAUUUUCUUCAGUAGGUGUCUUUGCAAUUUCAAGUGUUAUCAUGAUUGUUUAUAUGAAUGUGGAACACCUUGAUAUUUCUUUUUUAUAUAAACUGUUUAAUAAAAAUGAAAGAUUGAA